AUGGGUGGCGAGACCUCACCGCCUGGCACAUACACACCUCCACCGGCCGACUUCACAUCUGGAGGGCCUGGCCCCGCCGCAUCUUUGGCUCCUUCGCACAUGGGUGACGUGGGAGGGCCCUCAGCAUCGGUCGAGCCGCCUGACAUGACGGACCACGACACGCCAGCCGCAGCACCCGCACCGGGACCGACCGGUGACGAGCCUCAUGUGGCCCCAGCUGCGGCCGCCGCAGCAGGGGGUGCGUUUCAUACGUCGUUUGAUAUGGGAAUGGGUGUGGCGAGCCACUCUACUGGAGACGGGGGGCACUCGACGGGUCAUGUGGGUGGUCACGGUGUGCAUGGGAUGGGUGGCGGCGGCAACACGAGGGACGGGGAGGGCGGGACGGGCAGUGGAGACGCCAGGAGGCUGCUGAGGAUCAACCUCUCCAGCUGUAAGCCAUCCAUGCACCAAACAAACAACACGAACUCUCUGAGUGUGUGUCCUGUGUGCAGCUGUUGGGUCGUCCGGUGCCCCCGAAUGGUCUGGUGGUGCGUCGCCUCCCCCUCUCACGUCUGGCACUGGCGGCGGCGACCACUCCGGCAGACAGCCGUCAUCGCUAUCGGGCCACACAUCGGCGCUUCAGCUCACACCGGUCGACUCCAUAAACAACGGCACGCCAGAGCCACCACCAGCAGCAGCAGCGGCGGCCGCAGCUGCCCCUGCCCCUGCACCAGCCGCAGCCGCCAGUGCACCGAGUUGGGCGCUUUUGUCCGGGUCUGCUGGCGGCCUUGGUGGCGAGGAGGGCUAUGACGACGAUCAUCCGGCGGUGCAUCACACCGACACAGGCACGGACGCUGCGCCGAGCGGGCCGAUGCUUCGGCUGGCGACAGGGACGGGGGACACAUCAUCGCCGGUGUCUCGUCAGCCUGUGAGUGGUGCCGAGGGUGAGGAGGGCGGCACCCUCACGGCUCCCAGUGGUCAGCAGGGCAUCAACAUGCACAUGGGAGGGGCGGGGGGAUCCAGCGGCACCUGGGAGGUCGUACCUCCAGUAUCGUCGGCUCCCCAACAAGAGCAAGAAGAACAGCAGCCGCCGUCCAGCAGCUCCGCCUUCCCUGCAUUCGAUGACGAGCAGCUCCCACAGCCGUCUGAGCCCAGCGGCGCAUCGGGAGCCGCUCCCGCGUCCCUCGGGCCGCUGCCCGAUUUCCGCGCGGACCCUGAGGCAGAGUUUGUGUGGGAGGACGAAUACGACGAGGACAUCCAAGACGGCGGCAACGAGCUCAAUCUCAUGCAGCAGGAGGCAGAGGGGGAAGAGGUGCCGCCCAGGCCGACUCAGCCAAUGGCGGUUGCGUCAGGGGCCGGGGAGCCGCCAGAUGAUGACGGCGAGCCGAAUAGAGACGAGAACGGCGACAUGCCGCACAACGGUCCGGAAGGUUUGCCGUCACCCGCUCCCCUGCCGCCCCAAGAGGAGAGUGCCGACUCCGACUUCGAUUUUGGCGAUUUCUCUGGUGCUAAGCCGCAGGAGCCGGAAGAGAGUGGUGCGGCAGCGUCUGGGUCUGCGCGUGAGGGUGGUGGCUGGGCGGCGGGGUUUGACGAGGGAGAUGACGAGUGGGGGUUCCAAUCGGGGGAGGGAGGGGCAGGGGGUGAGGGUGCAACCGGUGACUGGGCCGUCACCUCUGAGGCCACACUCAUGGAGGACAGACAGAUGAGACGGGUCAGCCAGCGCUACACAGAUGAAUGCAGUGAUUGAUACGAUGGAUGCUGAUAGUGACAAUAAAUGUGAUGUGUUGUCCCUUUCGGUCUGACAGGAUGAGAGCGAUCGCAUCCAGAAGGCCCUCGACACGAUUCAGAAGACAGUGUCUGAAGGCAUUGACGGCCUCUACACCACCAUGUGUGAGCAUUUCGGCGGCUGCGACCUCCGCAAUGUCACGCUGGACGACGAUGCCGCCCACGAGCCGGCGACACUGCAGCAGGCCGUCAGCAUCCCUCAAGCCGUAUCCGACUUCAUCCGGACCGGUGUGCUGCCGGCUGACGCGGCCGGCCUGCUGGUGCCUCUGCCGGUGCCAAUCCAAGGCGCCGAUGCCCAGCAGAGCGUCGCUGAUGUGCCGAUCCACAUGGACAAGUGAGUGGGGCAACAAAGGGAAUGAAGGCGGUGCGGUGGAUGAGAGUGACAGUGCCUUCGGUUGUCGUUUGUCAGGUUUGAUUGGUCGAGCAGCCGCGUGCGUCAGCGGUAUUACGAGGGGCUGUGUUCGUGCCUUCAGACGCCCCCUGACGUCCCCAUCAGCGCUGCCUUCGCACAGGAAGCGACGCAAGAGAAGGUCAGCUAGGCACCUACAAAAAGCAACAUCUCUUGCUCUCAAAAAUAACUCUCUUCCCUGCAUGUGUCUCCCCUCCCUCCCUCCCUCAGCCGGUGUUGCGUCCAAGCGACAGUGUGUUGAGUGGCAGCUCCACCAUACCCAUAGGCCUCCCACAAACAGCGACCCAGCAGCCAUCUCCCGAUCAGGCCGGUCAGGUGUAUCUGUACCAGCCCCCCAUCCAUCUGGACUUCCACCCCCCUGACGGCCAGCCGCCCCCGAGGCUCACAGGUCGUGUGGGCGCCGGGGUGGCUGCCAGGAGGGGCACGCCCCUGCCGCAGCCGGCACUUGGCGACGAGGCGACCGCCGGCAUGCCCCAUGCCUGUCGGGUUAUGGGUGACGAGAGGCGGAGCAGGGCACAUGGAGGGGAAGACCUCGACCAGCUUUUCAAGGUAAUCUUAUUUGAGGCAGGCCUCAAACAUGCCCUCUUAAGCCGGCAGGAAUGCUUGUUGGUGUGUCUGUUAUUCUUUCAGCGUCCUGGUGUGGGUAGCAGGGAUCACAGGGUCCCGUCGACUGGCACCGGCAGCGUCAGCGUCACUGGGCCGGUAGCAGCUGCAUCGUCGGCUGCAGCUGCCGUAGUGCCCGACGUAUCUGGCGUGACCGAUGACGUGCUGGAGCAUGCACUCUCACAACUAGGCCUACAGGUAACAAGACAGACCCAGGCAGGGAGCAGUGCAGUGGGCAUGGCACAUCUAUGGGAUGGCUUGAUCCUCAUACCUCGUUUCUGUCUAUCGUCUUUAUAGGGCUCGGCUCGUUCAUCCCAGUCGGAGGCAGCAGGAGAGCGGCCCAGUGACACCCUCCCAGUGGUGCAGGCGCAGUCAGCGGCAUCGGGCGAGGGUGCGGGUGCGGGCGGCCAGCCCAGUCCGGCCCCAUCGCCACUCAGCUGGCCCUUCCUGCAGCCCUCAUUCGGCCUGCGGGCGUCGGGGGGGUCGUCGGUGACACCGUCGCCCCGCGUGCAGCGCUUUGUGGACGCGUUGCCGGAUUUGUCACACCUGCUAUCGUCAUCUGUGGUGAUCCCGGCGCGCAAGAGCGACGACUCACAGCAGGAUGGUGGUGGCGGCGGGGGAUUGCAGCAGCCGCCGCCCACCAUCACCAUGUGAGUCGCUGCAGUUUGUCUUUUUCGUGCAGGAUUGAUUCUCAGUGGCCGGACGGUUGGUUCAUUUUGUGAGUUGUGUUGUGUUAUGCGUGUCAAUUCAAAAAUCGGUGGUGACGUACGGUGUUGCUCAGGGAACGUUGACGAAAGGCGGGUCGGUCGCUAU